CCGAAUCUUGGACUCACGAUGGAUACUUGGACUAUACAUCCAGUGUAGAUUCUGGAUCUACUGUAACGGACUAGAAAAUCUUGACGUGGCUGAAGAGACUCCAGAUGAUCGGUCUCAUCUAUCACUGAUGGACCGAGCUCGCCAGUGCAAGUCUUCUAAGAAUCCAAGCGAAACCGCUCGUCUUUACAUCAGAGCUUUAUUCAACUCUUUCUUCCCUGCGUACCUGGAUAUGGAUGAUGUGAUGUGGAUGGAAUGCUUGAAGGAGCUCUCUUCGCUUCUGUGCGGUGCUGAAGUCGGCUCCGCCGAGGAACAGCAGUUGUACACCAUUUUCCAAGAAGAAUUCUCAAUGACGAUCGUUUACUCCGGACUUUCUGCUAGUGAUAUAAAGCUUCUAGACGAUAGCGUAACAAUGUCCAACGAGCUUUCCGACAAUUUCUCGCCAUGGCUGUUGGAUAUUGUCAUUAAAGAGCGUCUGAAGCCGUUUUGGGACGGAUUUUUGCGACAGUCAAUGAACUCUUGGCCUCUUGCCUCGCAAGCUGUGUGUCAACGCUUUGUGCAUUCCUUUCCACGAUCCGGAUCCGGAUCGAACAUUCUCAGAUGGAGAUGCCGGCUCGAGCUUGCUAUAGAGCUUUCCCACAGAAAGUUGGAAGAGACACACCGUCAACUUGUAAUGUCUCUGGUGGAUCUUUUCGCAUCACAAUGGGAUAACUCUCUUGGAAAGAUUCGCCAAUGUUGCCUUUCUGUAGAAAAGAUAUUUCAAGAAUCUUGUCUCAACCAAUACAUUAAAGACAUUUUCCCCGAUGUCAGAAUCGAAGGAUAUUUCUGCAGCCCCUCGCAUGGUGGACCAACCUAUGGGAGCGACUUCGGAGCCCGAGAGUACGUUGUUGAUCGGCUCCUAUACCUCAUCGUGGUCUUAUCAUUGCACUGCUUCUCAAGAGCCUGGUGGACAUUCGGGCGUGAAUUGAUGGAAGUUAUCAACAACGACUUAGUGUCCCUCAGCCUUGAUUAUCACAGCUAUAAACAAUACGGGCGGCCUGCGAUGUGGUUUUCACUCCACCUAUAGCUCUUCGACAUAUAUUGUAGAAACAAAUAUUCGUCUGAAGCUGCUGAGAGUUUUUCCAACGCCUUUUGGAUAAUUAAACAAUUUCCUAUAUGGCGGUCGGCAGCUGGAAGUGACGAGUUGAUCAUGAUUCAAAAGUGCCAAAAACAGUGGGUGAAGCUUGCGGAUGCUGCUUAUCAUCCGAACCUUUCAAAGUCUACAAGGCUGCAGAUGACUGAAGUCAACAAAGUACUGGGGGGAUGGAACACAGAGGACUUGCGCUUGCUAGGUACUACUCCAGUUGGAUGUA